UCAACAUCAAGCCCCACCACAACCUCAACUCCCAGCACAACAUCAAGCCCCACCACAACCUCAACUCCCACCACAACCUCAAGUCCCACCACCACGUCAGGCGCCACCACAACCUCAAGUCCCACCACCACAACAACAAGUCCCACCACAACAACCUCAAGUCCCACCACCACAACCUCAAGUCCCACCACCACAACUUCAAGUCCCACCACAACAACCUCAAGUCCCACCACCACAACAACAAGUCCCACCACAACAACCUCAAGUCCCACCACAACAACCUCAAGUCCCACCACCACAACAACAAGCCCCACCACCACAACAACAAGUCCCACCACAACAACCUCAAGUCCCACCACCACAACAACAAGCCCCACCACCACAACAACCUCAAGUCCCACCACCACAACUUCAAGUCCCACCACAACAACCUCAAGUCCCACCACCACAACAACAAGUCCCACCACAACAACCUCAAGUCGCACCACAACAACAUCAAGCCCAACCACCACAACAUCAAGCCCCACCACCACAACAUCCAGCCCCACCACCACGUCACGUGCCACCACCAUGUCAGGCGCCACCACAACCUCAAGUCUCACCACCACAACCUCAAGUCCCACCACAACAACAUCAAGUCCCACCACCACAACAACAAGUCCCACCACAACAACCUCAAGUCCCACCACCACAACAACAAGCCCCACCACCACAACACCAAGACCCACCACAACAUCAGUUCCCAUCACAACGUCUGGCCCCACAACCACGUCGGACGCCACCACAACCUCAAGUCUCACCACCACAACAUCAAGCCCCACCACCACAACAUCAAGCCUCACCACCACAACAUCAAGCCCAACAACCACAACCUCAACAACCUCAAGUCCCACCACCACAACCUCAAGUCCCACCACCACAACUUCAAGUCCCACCACAACAACCUCAAGUCCCACCACCACAACAACAAGUCCCACCACAACAACCUCAAGUCCCACCACAACAACCUCAAGUCCCACCACCACAACAACAAGCCCCACCACCACAACAACAAGUCCCACCACAACAACCUCAAGUCCCACCACCACAACAACAAGCCCCACCACCACAACACCAAGCCCCACCACAACAUUAAGAACCACCACCUCAACAUCAAGCCCCACCACAACCUCAACUCCCACCACAACUUCAAGUCCCACCACCACGUCAGGACCCACCACAACAUCAGUUCCCAUCACAACUCCCACCACCACAACCUCAAGUCCCACCACCACAACUUCAAGUCCCACCACAACAACCUCAAGUCCCACCACCACAACAACAAGUCCCACCACAACAACCUCAAGUCCCACCACCACAACAACAAGCCCCACCACCACAACACCAAGACCCACCACAACAUCAGUUCCCAUCACAACGUCUGGCCCCACAACCACGUCGGACGCCACCACAACCUCAAGUCUCACCACCACAACAUCAAGCCCCACCACCACAACAUCAAGCCUCACCACCACAACAUCAAGCCCAACAACCACAACCUCAAGUCCCACCACCACAACGUCAAUUCCCACCACAACAACCUCGAGUCCCACAACAACCACAAGUCCCACAACAACCUCUAGCCCCUCCACUACAACCUCAAUCCCACCACCACGUCAGGACCCACCACAACUUCAGUUCCCAUCACAACGUCUGGCACCACAACCACGUCGGACACCACCACAACCUCAAUCAACUCCCAACACAACCUCAAGUCCCACCACCACGUCAGGCGCCACCACAACCUCAAGUCCCACCACCACAACCUCAAGUCCCACCACCACAACCUCAAGUCCCACCACCACAACCUCAAGUCCCACCACCACAACUUCAAGUCCCACCACAACAACCUCAAGUCCCACCACCUCAACAUCAAGCCCCACCACAACCUCAACUCCCACCACAACCUCAAGUCCCACCACCACAACCUCAAGUCCCACCACCACAACCUCAAGUCCCACCACCACAACCUCAAGUUCCACCACCAAAACUUCAAGUCCCACCACAACAACCUCAAGUCCCACCACCUCAACAUCAAGCCCCACCACAACCUCAACUCCCACCUCAAAGGAUCCAAAAUGUACGAGCCCCACCACAACCUCAAGCCCCUCCACGACAACAUCAAGUCCCACCACCUCAACAUCAAGCCCCACCACAACCUCAACUCUCACCACAACCUCAAGUCCCACCACCACGUCAGGACCCACCACAACAUCAGUUCCCAUCACAACGUCUGGCCCCACAACCACGUCGGACGCCACCACAACCUCAAGUCUCACCACCACAACAGCAAGCCCCACCACCACAACAUCAAGCCUCACCACCACAACAUCAAGCCCAACAACCACAACCUCAAGUCCCACCACCACAACGUCAAUUCCCACCACAACAACCUCAAGUCCCACAACAACCACAAGUCCCACAACGACCUCUAGCCCCUCCACUACAACCUCAAGUCCCACUACCUCUUCAGGCCCAACCACAACAUUAAGAACCACCACCUCAACAUCAAGCCCCACCAAAACCUCAACUCCCACCACAACCUCAAGUCCCACCACCACGUCAGGACCCACCACAACUUCAGAUCCCAUCACAACGUCUGGCCCCACAACCACGUCGGACACCACCACAACCUCAAGUCUCACCACCACAACAUCAAGCCCCACCACCACAACAUCAAGCCCAACCACCACAACCUCAAGUCCCACCACCACAACCUCAAGUCCCACCACCACAACUUCAAGUCCCACCACAACAACCUCAAGUCCCACCACCACAACAACAAGUCCCACCACAACAACCUCAAGUCCCACCACAACAACCUCAAGUCCCACCUCCACAACAACAAGCCACACCACAACACCAAGCCCCACCAUCACAACCAGAAGUCCCACCAAAAUGUCAAGCCACACAAAAUCAAGUUCAGAGGAGGAUUCUACUGGCGAAUCACAAGAAAAAAGCACUAAAACCCAUGCUCCACCUUCUUGUUCAAAUUCCAAUUCAAAGUCAAAGGAUCCAAAAUGUAAGAGCCCCACCACAACCUCAAGCCCCUCCACGACAACAUCAAGUCCCACCACCACAACCUCAAGUCCCACCACCUCAUCAGGCCCCACCACAACAUUAAGUCCCACCACCUCAACAUCAAGCCCCACCACAACCUCAACUCCCAGCACAACAUCAAGCCCCACCACAACCUCAACUCCCACCACAACCUCAAGUCCCACCACCACGUCAGGCACCACCACAACCUCAAGUCCCACCACCACAACCUCAAGUCCCACCACCACAACUUCAAGUCCCACCACAACAACCUCAAGUCCCACCACCACAACAACAAGUCCCACCACCACAACCUCAAGUCCCACCACAACAACCUCAAGUCCCACCACCACAACAACAAGCCCCACCAUCACAACCAGAAGUCCCACCAAAAUGUCAAGCCACACAAAAUCAAGUUCAGAGGAGGAUUCUACUGGCGAAUCACAAGAAAAAAGCACUAAAACCCAUGCUCCACCUUCUUGUUCAAAUUCCAAUUCAAAGUCAAAGGAUCCAAAAUGUAAGAGCCCCACCACAACCUCAAGCCCCUCCACGACAACAUCAAGUCCCACCACCACAACCUCAAGUCCCACCACCUCAUCAGGCCCCACCACAACAUUAAGUCCCACCACCACAACCUCAACUCCCAGCACAACAUCAAGCCCCACCACAACCUCAACUCCCACCACAACCUCAAGUCCCACCACCACGUCAGGCACCACCACAACCUCAAGUCCCACCACCACAACCUCAAGUCCCACCACCACAACUUCAAGUCCCACCACAACAACCUCAAGUCCCACCACCACAACAACAAGUCCCACCACCACAACCUCAAGUCCCACCACAACAACCUCAAGUCCCACCACCACAACAACAAGCCCCACCAUCACAACCAGAAGUCCCACCAAAAUGUCAAGCCACACAAAAUCAAGUUCAGAGGAGGAUUCUACUGGCGAAUCACAAGAAAAAAGCACUAGUAAGUUUUACAAUCUCUUUUUUAGUCAAUUUCCUUUUACUGAGUUUUUGAAUGGUUCGUUCUAA